CGUGAAAGGUAUUGUUWUCYGUCACUCUGGGUCCUUCCGCAAAGGGAAAAAGGAUGAUUCUCGAUCGUACGAGGCAACGCCUUACAUGUAUUAUUUGAUGUCACUAAAAAUUGAGUUUGAUGAUCACACACACGCACAAUAAGGUCGCAUUAAGGAAAAACUUUUAGAGAACGAAGAKGAUGAWAUAUUUUCGUGUUUUUAAUCUCAUAACGAUAGUGCUGCUAGUAGUAGCUGUUAMAGUUACUGCUGAGAAGGAUUGUCUUGAAGAUCCACCAGAACCAAUUCUUGUAGAAGCGAUCGGGAACGUAGAUGGUUCAGAGGAUUGUUUGAAUGAUGCCAUUCGCAUUGUCGCUUCUGCCACUGAUAGCGAAAGCGGUAUCAAUUACGUCACAUUUACCGUGAAUCAGCUUUGGAAGAAAGAAGGAACACCCAUGCUUUCUGUUAGCUACCCCGGUGGAUACCAAGGGGAAGGAGAAUGCGAUAUGCAAACUGGUGAUGGAGAUGCAGCAGGGCUCAUAACAUUCAAUUCUACUCGAGAAUAUACCGCCCAGUGUUCUCAUGGGUAUGCUGAAGUUGGCGUGUAUCUCUUUGUUGGAGAUUCUAAUGACUUYGAUAUAGAAGAAUGCGAAUCUUGUGCUGUUCCUAAUGCCGAUUAUACAGGCUACUAUUUGCGUCUUUCUUGCGAUAGAAUUUGCGAAGAAGCUGUGGAUGAAGAUAUGCCUUCUGAUAGGUUAACAUAUCCACCGACCCAGGGCUUCGAAGAACUUCCCGAACUUCUAGCCAGCUUAGAUCCAAAAGUCGAAGAAGCAAUUUCUGAAGAUCCAUUUCCAUCAUGUCCCGAAGAUAUUGCACUCGAACGACAAUACGGAAGGACAGACUUUUCUGUGAACCAAGCGAUCCAGAUUUUGAGCAAAGAUACAUCAACAGUCACCAUAAAGCUGACGGAAGCCUGGAUGGGUGAGAAUGCGCCUCGGACAAACAUCGACCACAUCUUCAUUUCUUACAAAACAUCUAUGUUUAGUACACACUGUUACGAAUUCGAUGACGUUCCGUUGGGAGACGUAAUCGAGGAAGAACUCACCAUCACCUGCAACGUAUUGAAACCGAGGGCUUUCCUGACAAUUUGUGUUGCGGAUGCCCUAGCCCAUGGGGUUUUGGGUAUGGCAGACGAUGCUAAAGUUCCAAAAUGUUGCCAACCAUCAUUUCCGCCGGACACACCCGUCGUUUGUUACAGUYUAUUGAUCAAUUGCGAGACGGAAUGUAUUGAUGAAAGCCAACGACGAAAGCUGUCAAGUCCCACGAAGGGAUUUUUGCGUUCUGGACGAUAGAUCCAUGAACUAGUAUAWCAGAUCCUCUCAMAAGAACAAAAAGAAAUGAGUAUGUGCGYCAUGAAAUCACUAUCAAAUUAAAGAAAGCUGAAUUCA